AUGUCUGAAAGGGCCAAUAUAGCCGAUGACCGCAACGAUGCACGUCCGCAUCGCAGCCUUGAUUCGGUCAGAGAUUCAAUCCAUGCGAGCCCACCAAGUGUCCAGCCUCCGCCAAACACUCCUAGUCAAAGUGACACAAGCUCCCUUCCGUUCGCACAUGAAGCAUCUGUUCGGGCACGCGUCAGAAGUCUUCUUGGCACAUCCGAGACACAGUUCGAAGCAAGAGCAUCAGCAAAGAGCAACUCCAACAACGGCAUCCCCAUGGACACGAUCCGAGCCAUCCAAACCGACCUGCGAGCCAUCGCUACACGUCUCGAAGCCUCAUCUACUGAACCCUACAAAGCAUUGAGCAGUGAUAUCGAAGAGCUUUCCGAGAGUGUUCGCCGAAGGGAUGAUACGAUUUCUCAAAUGCAAGAGGAGAUUGCAGAUUUUGAAUCUACAGUGGUCGAAUUGCGAGGUAAAAGAGAUCGUGCGGAAGCAAUGAUGUUAAAAGCUCAAGAAGAGCUCGGGCAAUGGUAG